CGUAACCAAACUUCACUUUAAAUUACAAAGAGUGAAAGACAAGAAAAAAGCAAUAGUAUCACAUCAAAUAUAACCAUCAAUAUUAAGUCCAGUUUUUUUUAAGUUGUCAUAGGCAAACACAUGAUCUUGGGUAAAUUCAACUGAUUUAUGGUAAUAAAUUCGUUGCCUUCCCGUGUUAAAUAAAAAAUAAUCCUGCUAUUUUUUUGAGAAACUGUCCUGUGGGUAAAAAUGGCUAACAUUGCAACGCAAAGAAUCAAACGCGAAUUCAAGGAGGUUAUUAAAAGUGAGGAGGUUGCAAAAUGUGCGAUCCGUGUUCAACUUGUAGAUGACAAUUACACUGAACUGAAAGGUGAAAUUGCUGGCCCACCUGACACACCUUACGAAGGAGGCAACUUUGUUUUAGAGAUCAAAGUCCCAGAAACUUACCCAUUUAAUCCACCUAAGGUCAGGUUUAUAACGAAAAUAUGGCAUCCAAAUAUAUCUUCGGUGACAGGUGCAAUAUGUUUAGAUAUAUUAAAAGAUCAAUGGGCAGCAGCUAUGACCUUGAGGACAGUGCUAUUGUCCCUGCAGGCCCUACUCUCUUCAGCGGAACCUGAUGAUCCACAGGAUGCAGUGGUUGCCAAACAAUACAAAGACAAACUCGAUAUGUUUGAAAAGACGGCCCGCCAUUGGACGCACGUCUAUGCAGGAGGGCCAUGUUACAAUCAAGAAUUCGCGGAUAAAAUAAAAAGACUAGAAGAUAUGGGCGUGGAAGAAAACCAAGCUCGGGUAGCGUUAUCUUCCUAUAAUUGGGAUUUGGAAAGGGCAACGGAACAAUUGUUUAGUUCGUAGUAUGCCACCGAAUUUUAGGAUUAUCAAACAAAGAGAUCGAGUAUGGAUUUAAUGAAUUACAAACUAUACAGAAAAUACAAAUAAUAAUAAUUUCAUACACACCUAGCGAAUAUUACCGUUUUGUUGUUUA